AUGGCGUCACCAUCAUCGGCAGCUCCGCCACCGGCUUCAUCGUCAUCGAUGUCGUCGUGGCUCUCAUCGUCGUCGUCUUCGUCAUUGAUGUUCACGCGGGUGGAGACGGUGGUGGUGAGCGCCCGCGUGACCGGCCAGCGCGUGGAGCUCUCCCACCGCGACUUCAGCGGCGGCCAGGCCGGCGGCGGGGUGCUGUCGCCGGAGGUGGUGCGCGACGUGCUGGCCAAGAACGCCCACACGCCCGUGGUCGUGCUCGUGCUCCGCUCGUGCAAGCUGGCGGCGUUGCCGCGCGAGCUGGGCCAGCUCACGUUUCUCCACGAGCUGGACGUGUCCGACAACCUGCUCACCGACCUGCCCAUCGAACUCGUCGCCCUCACCAACUUGGCCAAGCUGACGCUGUCGGGCAACAAGUUCAAGGAGCUGCCGGUCUUCAUUGGCCACCUGCCCGGCCUCCUCCACCUCCAGGUGCUGGGGAUGCCCACCCUCACGACGCCGCACAACCUGCUUCGCCACGGCACCGAAGCCAUCUGCGCCUAUCUCCGCUCCUCCUUCGUCACGCUGGAGGAGAAGCAGGGCGAGCUGGAGCUGCACGUGCGCGAGACCUUCAACGUGGCCAAGCACGCCGACAUCUGCUUCGUCGUCGACGGUGAGCCCAUCCACGCCCACCGCCUCAUCAUCGGCCUCCGCAUCGCGUCGCCCAUCUUCGAGUCCUUCCUCGCCUCGCCCAACAAGGAGCACAAGAUCGAGGGCGUGGGCGCGGAGACGUUCGUGCGGCUGCUGCGGUUCGCCUACGGCAACGGCCUCUACGACCCCCUCAAGUCGCCCCUCGAGAACCGGGCCUUCCUCGCCAUGCUCGACACCCUCCAGAUCACCACCUUUGGCCGCAACCACAGACUGGUGGGGACGGGAAUGAUCAUCAAACGAACGGACGCGAUGCUGCGCGACGACUUCAUACGACUCUUCCACACGGCCAAUCGCAUUUCAUACACACCCACCACCACCGCCGCCGCCUCGACAUGCGAUGUCGAUGAGCCGCCAUCACCAGCGCCUCCGACGCCAACAGACCAGGCGUCGGAGCCAAAACCGCCGCAGCCUGCAGAGGCCCAGCCUGCGUCGGACCUAAAACCUGUGCAGCCGCCGCCCGAGACCCAGCAGGGCACGACCAAACGCCGGGGCAAGCAGAAGCGGGAGACCCGGGCCGAGCGCGAGAUGCGCGUGUUCGCCGAGGCCCAGGCCCGGCGCGCCGCAACCGAGCGCCAGCGCGAGCUCGAGGCUCAGGCCGAGCGCGAUAAGGCCGAGCGCCAGGCGCGGGUCCGGAGCGAGCAGGCCCAGGCCGACGAGCUGGCCAAGAAGGCGCAGGUGGAGCGCGAGAGGCAGGCGGCCGCGGCAACAGCGGAGACGGCGGCGGCGGCGGCGAGGGCCGCGAGCGGGUUGCUGCCGCCCGGGACGCUGCUCAACGAGGCGUUCCUGCGACGACACGGCUGGUUCGCCGACCUGCGCGUACGAUGCGCGUCUGAUGUGAGAGGCGGCGGCGGCGGCGAAAGUGAAGAAGACGAAGAAGAAGAGGCACAAGUGGAGAACGAAACGGGGCACGGCGUGUUCGUGUGCCACAAGUUCCUGCUGUGCGUGCGAUCGCCGUAUUUCCAAGCCAAGUUCGAGGGCGGCAUGUCCGACGCGCUCGAUAAGGAGAUCGUCAUCGAUGAGUUCGAACGAGACCCCAUCUCUCAGAUGCUUCGAUUCCUGUACACUGACGAGCUUACGGUCAACUCGGACAACGCACAGGACCUGCUCGAGCUCUCCGGUCAUUACCAACUGGAGCGGCUGCGAUCGGUGGUGGAGAAGUUCUUCGGCGACAACAUCGACCACGACAACGUGCUCUCGCUGCUCCACCUGGCCGACCACUACCAGGCCUACCACCUCAAGGUCUUCUGUACCUCCUACAUCUUCAAGCACCAGGACGCCAUCACAUCCUGCGCUGAGUGGGGCGAGUGGCGCAAGGAACAUCCGGAGCUGUACAGCCAGCUCCUCCGGCUUCUGCAGUAA